UUGGAAACAGAAGCAGAACCCAUAUCCCAACCCUAUUUAUUAUCCCCUCAAGGAGACAGUAACUGCGAGAGCCCCAAUAUCUUCAACGGUAGCGGGGCUUCUCAAAUUCCAGACAAUGAAGUUGCAUUAACGGCCAAGUUGGCAGAAGCGGUCCAAGCUCGACCACCACUGUGGGACCAUACAUUGCCUCUCAAAGCCAGAGGGAAAGAUGUGAGAGAAAAAUUAUGGAGGCAAGUUUAUGAAGAACUGUCUCAGCUUGAGAAAAAGUGGAACAAUUUAAAGGAUACUUCCCUAAAACAUUUUAAGACCUACAAACCUACUGGCUCAGGUGCAGAGAGUAAGAAAAAGUGGAUCCACUUUGAUUUAUUGUUGGCUAAAAAGAACAUGCCAAGAAAAACAAUGAGUUCUGAUCCAGGGCCAAGCCCAGGCACAUCUAGUGGGGUAUCUACAGGACCACCAAGUGAGGAAUCUUCAGUACCGUUAUCGAGUAGCGGCACAGAUAAAGGAGUGGAAACACCAAAAACCAAGAGGAGGAAAAAAAUGGUAGACGAGUCUGAACAGCUCCUCAUGGAUAUUUCAAAGGAGCCACCACCACAGCCAACUGCAAUAUCAGUAUCACCAGCCCUGCUGACAAUUCAGUCAGUGCUGGAUAAACUGCCUACAAGAGUUCGUAUGCAAGCAGAAAUUGAGAUGCUCAAUAAAGUAUAUACAUUGUUCAAUGAAACUGUAGAAUAG